AUGGAUGAGGAUAAUGUGUUAUAUGUAGAAGUGUGUCAACAUGCUAGCAGUAUUUUGUCAAAAACCAUAAUUGAACAAGCAGUAAAUGCAGAAUUACAAUUGUUGGAUGAAAUUUCUCUUGAUGUCGUUGUGUCUAGUAAAGAUUCUCACAAUACAGUUAUUAGAGAUCAUGUUGAAUCUAUGAUAUGCUCGUCUAACUUUAUGGAGAGAGGAAAGGUUAAAAUUGAAGGAGCAAUAAUUAAGUAUUACAUCUAUAGAUUGACACAGGAAGAUGCUGCCAUAGAAACAAUGCAAUGUGAUUCUGAUGAAUUGCCAGUUGCAUCUCACUGGCUCUUACCUGCACAGGAAUUUCACUAUAUGUGGGAAAAUCUAUAUUACGAUUGUGACGUAAAGAAUAAUUUAUUACGUUUUGUGGAGACUACAAUGUUAUUUUCGGAUCAUGCUGUUAAUUCUAACAUUAUAAGCUGGAAUAAAGUGAUAUUGUUACAUGGUCCUCCAGGUACAGGCAAAACCAGUAUGUGCAAAGCUCUGGCACAAAAAGCUGUCAUUCGCAUGGGAGAUCGCUUUACUCAUGGAAAAUUUAUAGAGAUUAAUAGUCACAGCUUAUUUUCAAAAUGGUUUUCAGAGAGUGGAAAACUUGUUAUGAAGUUGUUCGAUGAAAUAAAGAAUUUGGUCCAAGAUGAAAGAGCACUGAUAUGUAUUUUGAUUGAUGAGAUAGAAUCGUUAGCGCAUGCACGUAAAUUAUGCAGCAAUGGGACCGAACCAUCUGACUCCAUACGUGUUGUGAACGCAUUACUCACACAGUUGGAUCAAAUCAAACGAUAUCCGAACGUUUUAAUUUUGACGACAAGCAAUAUGACAGAAGCUAUAGAUCUUGCGUUUAUCGAUCGAGCGGACAUAAAACAGUAUCUCGGAUAUCCAUCUGAAAUCGCUAUUUACAAUAUUUAUCAUUCAUGCCUAAAGGAAUUAAUGAGGUCUGGAAUCUUGGAAAAUGAAGAGAUACACGACAUAUCGCAAUUAAAGGUACUUGGUUACGCAGAAUAUGCAGACACUAAGAAUAGUUUGAAAUUAUUGGAAAUUAGCCGUGAGAGCGAAGGCUUAACUGGCCGUACUUUAAGAAAAAUACCAUUUUUGGCGCAUGCCCUUUACACAUCCACGAACAAAACUGUACUAUCCAAAUUUCUGAAAGCCAUGCAUACAGCUGUUUUGAAACAGGAUCAACAAGAAGGCGAUAUGCAGCAACAAUAA